CAUAAACUAAUCAUAUAAGUUUCAUUCAUAUUCAAUAUUGUUAGCUAAAACAUGUAUUUCUAUUACUGUUACAGUUGCAUUUAAGAAGAUUAAAACUCUUACUAAAUUGUUCUAAACAAAAAUUAGUUUCUAACCUUAUAAGCGUUAUGUAACAGCUCUUAUUACAAGUUGAACUUACUGUUACUAUCACUAAUCUACAAAAAUUACUCAUUGCCAUUAUAAUUAUUGAAGAAGAGUAAACAGAUAUUACAAGAAUAUGAAAAUGGUGGUUGUGCCGCCAUCUAUUGUUUGUCCAAGGACAAACUCUUCCUCCUGGAUUACCUAGCGUAAUCUUGAAAGCGUCAGUCUAGCUGUGGUAUUCGAAUAAAACGGAGUGAUCAUCAGAUACCCCAGUGUGCCAACUAUAGUUAUUGCAAGAACUUUUUCUGAGCUUUUUCUACUGGUGUUAGUCACGAGGGCGUAGAAAAAGAUGGCGAAUCAUUUACGGCCUUGGCCCAUACGCCUGCAGCUACUCAAGGAAGAUCGUGAGGAUAAUGUAGACGAAAAUUUUCCUGAUGAAAAUAGUGGAAAUAAUAUUGAAGAACACUCCGAAGAAAAUUCUAAUUAUUCAGAAUCUGCUGAGGACACUGAAAUGGAUGUUGAUUUGGAAGAAGCAACUUUGGAACAGCAUCUCUUGAAGUCGGACGCUCGUGGCCGACCUUCAACGACGCUUAAGGGCAAAAAUGGAUUUGUUUGGGAUACAAGAGCCCCGGAGUGUAGAUCAGAUCGACACAGUGAUGUUCAUCCUGAACUAACUCCCGGGCCAGCAGAUGCCGCAUUGAAUGUAGAGACGAUUGAGCAGUUUUGGGACCUUCUUUUUAACGAAGAAAUCAUCGAAACUAUCGUUGAACAAACGAAUAAUAAAAUCGAAGAUGUCUGCGCUCAUCUGAUAGCCGAAAACAAAGUAGAAACUUAUCAUCAUCAUACCGAUGUCAAAGAGAUUCGAGCUUAUAUUGGAGUGUUAUAUUUUGCUGGUCUUUGGAAAUCGUCUAACAUCGAUGAUAAUAGAUUGUGGGAUAAAAAAAAUGGCAUAACAUUGUACAGAUGUGUGUUUCCAAGACAUAGAUUUUCGUUCUUAUCAUCAUGCCUACGUUUUGAUGAUAAAAACAGUAGAGAAGAAGGAGAUAAAUUUGCGCCUGUCCGCAAAAUUUGGAACAUUUUCAUUGGAAACUGUCAACGUUACUAUACGCCAAGUAAGAAAUGUACUGUAGAUGAGCAGCUACUGAGUUUUCGUGGACGUUGCAUUUUUCGGAUGUAUAUUAAAUCCAAGCCCAAUAAGUACGGAUUGAAAGUAGUUACUCUAAACGACGCGGAAACCUCGUAUUUGAUACACGCGAUACCUUAUUUGGGUAAGAGCAUUGUUCGAGUAGGAGAUAGAAACGAGUCAAUUCCAGAAUAUUUUUUUCGUAAAGUCACUGCUCCAAUCCACGGAACCAAUCGCACAGUUACGUGCAAUAAUUGGUUUACAACGAUACCGUUACUCCAACGUAUGCUUCUAGACCCAUUCAAUAUGACCAUUACUGGCACAAUAAGGAAAAAUAAGUGGGAAAUUCCCGCUGAACUGAAAGUCGCUUCCAAAGAAAUACCUAGUACAAAGUUCUGCCAUGCACUCCAUUUGACGCUGCUGUCUCAUACACCAAAAAAAAAUAAGAUAGUACUCCUCGUUUCUUCAUAUAUGCACUCAAGGGAAAUAACAAAUAAUAAGCCAAAUAUUAUUCUUCACUAUAAUGAAACGAAAGGAGGCACUAACAGUUUCGAUCAACUCUGCCAUUCUUAUACGGUCACACGCAGAACAAAUAGAUGGCCGAUGCGGAUUUUCUUUGGAAUGCUGGACCAAGCUAUUGUUAACGCCAGAAUACUUUGGAAAUGCAAGCUGAAAGCAGCCAAUAGCAAUGAAAAAUACUCGGCAAUCGUUUGCCUUGAAAGGAUAUACUUGCACUUGGUAACGCCGUUUUUGACAGAGCGGUACGCGACGUCGACUCUACGCAAAGAUUUGAAGUUGGCUAUAGCUGGGAUACUCAAAAAAGAUGUACAUUCUGAUCAGCCAUAUAAAAGAUUGCAGUUAACAUUAAGGCAAAGAUGCGCAUUUUGCACUCGAAAAGAAGAUAAAAAAACUAGAGAAGCGUGCGCAUCCUGCAAACGACCAAUUUGCGAUAAUCAUCGUAUCUUGUUUUGUAACGAUUGUGCUGGCUCAUAGUUCAAUAAAAUCAUUUUAAAUAUAUUUUUCCAGAUUAUUUUCAUCCUUUUUUGAUUAUGCAUUCCUUUUUGUAUAUCAACCAAGUAAAAUUCACUCAUAUCUAAUAAAUAAACAAAUAUACUUCGAAAAAAUAAAUAGUAUUUUUUUAGCUCAAAUUCAUCUUU